AUUUUUACAUACUUUUUAAUUGCAGUCGUUGGGUAGUUCUCCAAAAAUGACGUACUCAGAGUUGCAAGUAGUACUUAUAGUGAUUUUAGAAGAAUUAAAUAAUGAUAAUUUACAAUCAAAAAGCAAAAUAAACGAAAAUAAAUUUGACGACACAUUUGAUUUAACAAUAGUUCAAAAAUAUACCAUAGAAGGUAUAGAUUCUGAGAAGUUUAAUAAUGGUAUUCAGCUUUUACUAGAACAAAGAGAAGAAACCAAAGAAUGGAGCAAUGUCAACAAAAUAAUUUUCAAGGGACUGGUACUUGUCUAUAAUAACAGUAAUCAGAAAGAAAGGUUUUGUUUUUUUAGCAAAAUUUUGACGUAUUUUUAUAACAAAUUGGUCCAAAAACUUAUUGAAAUGCAACAGCCAUCUCAAAUUAUUUCUUUGGAAGAUUUUAUGAAUCUAGUGAGGAAUAUGUUACCUUUUGUGAAGUUAGAAGUUUUAGUUCAGCGUGUGUGCUUAAAAAGUGUCGAUUUUGUUGAUCUAAAAGAAGCUAUAGAAGAAGUUUUUGAAUGUUUAAUAUACCCUAAGAUUCUCAGAGAAGAUUGCUACCAAAUAAUAAGGAAUAAGUUGAAAAAGAAAGAAGUGGACUUUUUGAAAUUUAAAGUAGAGCAGAGUCAUGAAAAAAACGGAGAAUGCAGUGAUUACUACAAACUCAGUAUUGAUUUAGAAGAAAACCAUCACGUAUGUACUCACAAGUUUUUUAUUAAAUAUCUGCCUGAAAAUAUAGACGAAAUUUUUAUGGAAAUUACCAUGUCUUUUGCGAAGGAGCAGAAAUUUUAUAAAUCCUUUAUUCCUAUGCUUGAACAGUUGGGAUAUAGCAAAAUAACUGAUUUUGCACCAAAAUGUUUCUUUACCUGCAAAAACUUGUUUCUAGUGUUCGAAGACCUGUCUGUGAAAGGCUACAAGAACAUAUCUAUGAACGAACCUUGGAGUCAGCAGCAGCUUUCACACAUUUUGAAGCAGGUAUCUAAACUUCAUAGUUGUACUCUAUUAUUUGAACAAAAAAUGGCUGAGCUGCUUGGUUAUGAAAUUAAAAUCAAUGAUUAUUUUUCUGAUAUGGUUGCUGAGAGUGCUAUUGGUAGAGAUAUAAAAUCAGCUCCUAUUAGUCAUGCUUUUAUAGCUGGAAGUCAUCAUUUGGUCCAAAAAUAUUGCAAGGUUCUUAAUACCGAAAAUACCGACCAGAUCACAAAAAUUGCUCUGGAGAAAUUGCAGACCAAAUUUGAUGCAAUGCUACCAUCCACGAAAUACAGAAACGUUAUUAACCAUGGUGAUCUUUGGGCCAACAAUAUUAUGCUUGCUGAAAAAUCUUCAGAGUAUAUUAUAGUAGAUUUUGCUUCGAUAAGAUGGUGUCCGCCAGCUUGUGACUUCUUAAUUCUGCUUUUUAUUAACACAGAUAAAAUAACUAGAGAUCGUUCUGCAUUAACACUAUUUAACCAAUAUUACCUCAGCACAAGGUCUAUCCUAAAUCAACACCAAAUAAAUAUUAAAUCAGUGAUUUCUCGAGAUGAGUAUUUAGAUUUCUUUAAAGAGUACAGAAUAGGGGUUGCUUCAAUGGCUUCAGGAUAUUUACAGCUGAAACUCUUGGAGGACGUUGGUGAUUUAACUGGAGGUGAUUCAAGUCUUCAGGAUCAUUGUAUUAAUCCAGAAAGCAGGUGUAAGGUGUUGGAUAAGAUGUGGGAUCAGAUGAAAUGUAAUUACAGGAUCGAGGAGAUUAUUUGUGAGAUUAUAGAUUUUUUAUCAAUAAACUGCAAUUAAAUUAAA